GACACCCAAGUGCUGGCGUCAAAGCAGAAUGAUCCCUCGGUAAAUUACCGUUCUGAUUCGCUGAACAGGCUGAAGAGAGAAAUCGCUUCAGGUUUGUUGAUUGAUCACCGCACUCAAAGUCCUUUGAUCGAUUCGGUGAUCUUCUUUCUAGUUCGUCGCACUCAUUCCCUGGCUUGGCUCUCAUUUUUUUGUAGAACUCCCUCGGCCGUCGCGCUCGGCUUUCACAUAGUCCCACAGCUCGAGUUUUGGGCAAGUCUCGGUUUUCCCAGACCAUAAAUCAGAUCUCUAGCUUUCCUCUGAGAUAUAUAACUAACUUAUUGGUACUUAAUUUCGCCGGUCUUUCAAAGUAAAAGUAUUUUUGCGUUUUUCGCGGUUGAGGAAAGAAAUGACGAAAUUAAGACCUGCGAAUAAAAAUUCUCGCGUUAUUUCAACACGCUUACCGUAUUUAAUACCCAUAAAGAAAAUUCAAAUUACAGAAAAAAAUAUUAACAUAGCAACAACAUAUACAAGGGUAUCAACAAAGUAGGAGGAAAAUUGCUAACUGAUUUUACUGGUAGGUUCUAUUUUCUAUCUUCGGUUAAAUGUGAAAUAACGUUAAUUUUCAAAGAUUUCACACAUUCUUUAUUCCAGUAUAUCUAGAAAUUGUAAAAAGUUCAGACAAUUUGAGAAAUAGAAUGACGUUGAGAACUAUUAAAUCGCGAAAUUUAAUGCCUUUUUUUCAAAUUUGCCUGUUGAAAGCGUGAAAAUACCUGAAAUAGUCUCGCCCAAAUCGCGAAAUUUGGUACCAAUAAGGUACGAAACUCAAAAGAAAGUCUUUUCACAUUCUUCUUAAAGUCCCAAGGAAGGUUUGAACGAGCUCUCUUAUUAACCGCGCAAUAUACGCUUAAAAGCGCCCAACCCAAGCCGAUUCCAUCGGUUUGAAGCUCUUUGCCUUAAACGAAUAUUUUCUUAUGUAUUUUCUUGACACCUCAGUUAUAGGUUUUGACUUGAUAAUGACGUUUAAAAUGAUUUUAUUGAGCAUUUCUGUUAUAUUUCAUUUUAUUGUUUAUAUAAGUGGCAUUUUGCAUCUUAAUUCACUAGGUCAAUUAUUUUACAAGUGCAACUACUUUUGAAUUUGAAGUCAGUAAUGACAUGAGGACAUCAAAACGUCAUUACACAUUACAAUAUCGCUGAUUUUUACUCUCUCAAUUGUUUUCCUAAGACUUCGGUUGAGGGAAUUUAAUAUCUAGAUUCUUUAAGAAAUUGCUUCUCCUUAUAAUUAUCAUAAACUCAAGCCUUACAUGUUAAAUCAGCUAGAACUGAAAACUCGCAUGCAAUCCUGCGCUUGUACCUUCCUGCAACCCUCCAAAGUUACAGCCCGAUUUCUCUACUCCAAUUUAUCUCGGGUAAGGCAGUGAAUGAUACACAAUUUCCUUGUUUGUAUAUCGUAUACAGUAUGUACAAAAAUGUUUCAAUUAUUGACCUAGGGGGUGUGAAAGGUAAACUUUGAUGACUUGACCUUCUCCUUAAAGAGGGGGUUCUAAGCGUUUUUAACAAAUAUAGAAACUGUUGUGCGUAUUUUAUCGAGAAGUUUAAAAAAAUUUCAAGAGGAUAAUCGAAUUUAAUUUCAAAUUAAAAAUCAAUUGUUCUUUCAGUUGGCUGGCGCAAAGUAAAUAAAUGGCCAGUAUGUUUUGAAGCAAAAGGCAGCCAGUUCGGAAGAUUUUACGUUACGGGGGGAAGAUUAGCGGCCAUAAAGCUGGUUCAUCUGUACGGAUACGUGUCUUGUCUCGCUGUAGGUCCAACUUACUGGUCCUACUGGGGCUGUGGUGACAAUCAGUGGAACGGGAUAAACACUCAAGUCAAUGUUGUCAUCACAGAUUCAAACAACCAGAUUCUACUCCCACCAAGUCAGUUCCUUAAUACUAAGGCUGCCAGCUAUAAGUGGUACAAGGUUCCCGGAUAUAAUUCCCUCUCACCUGAGCUUGUUCUGCACUUUUUUACGUCUCCCAAAUGGGUUCAUCCGAACCAAGAAUUACGCGUGUGGUACGGUGAAAACUUGGUCAAGGCAAACGGAGAUAACGGAGGCAAAGUGUGCGCUGAUGUCUAUGCUCUCUUUGUGUGACAUAAGAGAUUCAAUUGCUACUUUUUUAAAGGUUUUAAAAAAUGUAAGGGAUUAAAGGGAAUUUUGCUAUACCAUCUUUCUCAAUUGACUCAAGUUUGACUUUUGAACUGUGCUCGUUUCGUCUAUCAAUUCUCUGUUUUCACUGUCACGCCAUCAAAAAUAAAAAUCGAAACUCCUUAAAGAAAGUCAAGAAUCUAGGGAAGAAGAUCAAUAUACAAAACACCUCACCAAAAAUCAGGUCUGUGCGGUAUUUCAUUUGCGAGAGAUAUUCGGAAAGAUGUUUUGCCCAAAUCUAUACAAAGCAUCUAUGGAGCCGCCAUGUUGAUGUCCCUUUGAGGGGCACAAAUGUGGCCACAAAGAAAUCAACCGACACAUUAAUUCAUCACUUGAGGAACUCAUAAAGUUGGAAAUUCAAGCGUUCCUUUAUCGCAAAACGAGAAACCCUUUUGAACUGAACAUUUGUAUACAGCUAUAAUUUCGAGAAAGGUUGUAGGAAAAAGUGCACCCGAAAGUUAUUGUGGGUGGUUUUGAGUUCACUGUUCUUCAAAAAAAUUGGAAAGAAUGGUACGAGAGGCCAUGGACGCGUUUGCGAGUGCUAAAGGAAAGCAACAAAGGUCGGUACGACGGCUACACUGCCAGGAACAGUGUUUUGAUCAUAUCUCAAAUUAGCUUUUGGGACUGUUCCGUGCGUAUUUUUUUGCGACAAUCAUUCUCGAAAUAGCUGUAAACAAAGGUCUUUAGCUGCUGUAACACCUCAUAAAACAAAAUACUCACGAUAAUUGAUAAUAUUCCCUUAGUUUGAAUUUUGGUGAUGUCAUUUGAAAACCGAGAAUUGCAUUAUUCCCAUAAGUUUUUCAUUUUUUAAUAAGAUAGCAAAAUUUAAGAUUAAAUGAUUUUUAUUCAAUGUAAAAGUGCAGCAAUAAAACUGAUCGUAAAAC